ACACGUGUCCUCGGGGCAACGACGGCGGGGAUUGACAGAAGAGGGGAGACGAAGUUGGAAUGAAGCACGCUGACGUGGCACUGUACGGUGGUGCUAUGGGCGAUCGCGAUCCCGACCGUCGUGGCGACGAAGCAGGAGGAGGAGGAGGAGGAGGAGGAGGAGGAGGAGGAGGAUGUGGGAGAGGGAGGAGAGUACUGGUGGGUGAUGGCUGUGGACGUCCGUGUGACUGUGGGAAGGAGGCGGUCGACGGCUUCUCAAUGGCAUUGCCAGAUCGAGGCGCUCUCUCCAAAGAGGGGCAACAAAGAGGAGGAGGAGGAGGAGGAGGAGGAGGGGAUAGGGGAGGCGAAUGGAAGGACACUGGGGGGAGUAAGAAGAGCUUGCAGUCAGCAGGAGUGACAUGGCAGCAGUACGAGACCAAUCAAGAGGGACGAUGCUGUCCGACGUGGCGGUUGCAGCUCAAGAACGUUAAUUACUCUGACCGUUUUGACAAGGCCAUCGCCUCAGAGGAAAGGCUACCAGCCGGGCUGCCCGGGUGACCUUCUUUGCCCGGGCGGCCCAGCCGUGCAAGGGCCAAAGUAGGUCCCAGCAAAAAAAACAAAAAAAACAAAAUCGA